GCACGUGCGCCCCGCGCCCGGCGUCCGCAGCCCGACCUGGGAGGAACCGGACGCGGAGAGGAUGGCCGGGGCCGGCGGCCAGCACCACCCUCCGGGCGCCGCGGGCGGAGCGGCCGCCGGGGCCGGAGCCGCAGUCACCUCCGCCGCUGCCUCGGCGGGGCCCGGAGAGGAUUCGUCCGACAGCGAAGCGGAGCAAGAGGGACCCCAGAAACUGAUCCGCAAAGUGUCCACCUCGGGGCAGAUCCGGACCAAGACCAGUAUUAAAGAGGGACAACUUUUGAAGCAAACCAGUUCUUUCCAGAGGUGGAAAAAGCGAUACUUCAAACUUCGAGGCCGUACGCUCUAUUAUGCAAAGGACUCAAAGUCUCUGAUAUUUGAUGAAGUUGACCUCUCAGAUGCCAGUGUAGCUGAAGCAAGCACAAAAAAUGCUAACAACAGCUUCACGAUCAUCACUCCAUUCAGAAGACUGAUGCUGUGCGCUGAGAACAGAAAGGAGAUGGAGGAUUGGAUCAGCUCACUGAAGUCUGUACAGACCAGAGAACCUUACGAGGUGGCCCAGUUUAAUGUGGAACAUUUCUCAGGGAUGCAUAACUGGUAUGCCUGCUCCCAUGCCCGACCCACUUUCUGUAACGUGUGCCGAGAGAGUCUUUCUGGAGUCACCUCCCAUGGCCUGUCCUGCGAAGUGUGUAAAUUCAAGGCUCACAAAAGGUGUGCGGUGAGGGCGACGAACAACUGCAAAUGGACGACGCUGGCCUCCAUCGGGAAGGACAUCAUAGAGGACGAAGACGGAGUGGCUAUGCCUCACCAGUGGCUGGAGGGUAACUUGCCUGUGAGCGCCAAAUGUGCCGUCUGUGACAAAACGUGCGGCAGUGUUCUCCGUCUUCAAGAUUGGAAAUGCCUUUGGUGUAAAACGAUGGUACAUACUGCCUGCAAAGAUUUAUACCACCCUAUAUGUCCACUUGGCCAAUGUAAAGUGUCUGUCAUACCUCCAAUUGCACUAAACAGCACUGAUUCUGAUGGUUUCUGUAGAGCAACAUUUUCAUUCUGUGUUAGUCCUCUGUUGGUUUUUGUCAAUUCUAAGAGUGGAGAUAAUCAGGGAGUAAAGUUCCUUCGACGAUUUAAACAGUUGCUAAAUCCGGCUCAGGUGUUUGAUUUAAUGAAUGGAGGGCCUCAUUUAGGUCUAAGAUUAUUCCAGAAGUUUGACAAUUUCCGGAUUCUUGUGUGUGGAGGAGAUGGAAGUGUAGGUUGGGUUUUGUCAGAAAUUGAUAAGCUCAACUUGAAUAAACAGUGUCAGCUGGGAGUAUUGCCUUUGGGUACAGGAAAUGACCUUGCCCGGGUUCUUGGCUGGGGAGGUUCAUACGAUGACGACACUCAACUUCCUCAGAUACUAGAGAAGCUGGAACGAGCCAGUACCAAAAUGUUGGACAGGUGGAGUAUAAUGACCUACGAACUCAAAUUGCCACCAAAGGCUUCUCUACUUCCAGAACCUGCGGAAGCAUCUGAAGAAUUUUAUAUGACAAUUUAUGAAGACUCAGUUGCAACUCAUCUUACUAAAAUCCUCAAUUCUGAUGAACAUGCAGUGGUCAUAUCAUCUGCCAAGAUACUAUGUGAAACUGUAAAGGACUUCGUUGCCAAAGUAGAGAAGGCACAUGAAAAAACGUUGGAAAAUGCUGUGGUAGCCGAUGCCGUGGCCAAUAAAUGUUCAGUCCUAAAUGAGAAACUUGAACAGCUGCUCCAGGCUUUGCACACAGAUUCGCAGGCUGCUCCCGUUCUCCCAGGCGUCAGCCCUCUCAUCGUAGAAGAAGAUACUGUGGAAUCUUCCAGUGAAGAAUCCUUGUGUGAAAGCAAGGAACAACUUUUGGAUGACACUACAAAACCUUCCUCACGAAAAGUUGUCAAACCAAAGGAAAUAAUGUUGCGGGCGAACAGUUUAAAGAAAGCAGUGAGGCAAGUCAUUGAAGAAGCCGGAAAAGUUAUGGAUGACCAGACAGUUCACCCCUGUGAACCAGUUAAUCAGUCAUUUGAUUACGAUAGUACAGAAACGGAUGAAUCUAAAGAAGAAUCUAAAGAUGAUGGUGCAAAAGAGUCAUUAACUGUUAAAACCACACCUCAGUCUCCAGAUGGCCGGGCAAGUCGUUCCCAAACUGACUCUGGCCCUGGUCCAGCUGUGGCAGCCAGCAAAGAAAACCUCCCUGUGCUCAAUACCAGAAUAAUCUGCCCAGGUUUAAGAGCAGGACUAGCUGCCUCAAUUGCUGGGAGUUCUAUUAUCAACAAAAUGUUACUGGCAAAUAUUGAUCCUUUUGGUGCAACGCCAUUUAUUGACCCAGAUCCAGAUUCAGUAGAUGGAUAUUCAGAAAAAUGUGUCAUGAACAAUUACUUUGGGAUUGGAUUAGAUGCAAAAAUUUCAUUAGAAUUUAAUAAUAAGAGAGAAGAGCACCCUGAAAAAUGCAGGAGCCGAACUAAAAACUUGAUGUGGUAUGGAGUCCUUGGAACGCGGGAGUUAUUACAGAGAUCGUACAAGAAUUUAGAACAGAGGGUUCAACUUGAAUGUGAUGGGCAGUAUAUUCCUCUCCCCAGCCUGCAAGGAAUAGCAGUGUUGAACAUUCCCAGCUAUGCCGGAGGCACUAACUUUUGGGGUGGAACUAAAGAGGAUGAUAUAUUUGCUGCACCAUCAUUUGAUGACAAGAUCCUGGAAGUCGUUGCAAUAUUUGACAGCAUGCAAAUGGCAGUUUCAAGGGUUAUUAAGCUACAGCAUCAUCGAAUAGCUCAGUGCCGUACAGUAAAAAUCACUAUAUUUGGUGAUGAGGGAGUCCCAGUGCAGGUGGAUGGCGAAGCAUGGGUUCAGCCUCCAGGGAUUAUCAAAAUUGUGCACAAAAACAGAGCUCAGAUGCUAACGAGGGACAGGGCUUUUGAAAGCACUCUGAAAUCUUGGGAAGAUAAACAGAAGUGUGAUUCUGGUAAACCAGUUCUUCGAACCCAUCUGUACAUCCAGCAUGCCGUUGACUUGGCAACAGAGGAGGUGUCGCAGAUGCAGCUCUGCUCCCAGGCUGCGGAGGAGCUCAUUACCAGGAUUUGUGACGCAGCCACGAUCCACUGUCUUUUGGAGCAAGAACUGGCCCACGCUGUGAAUGCAUGCUCCCACGCACUGAAUAAAGCCAACCCGCGGUUCCCAGAGAGUCUUACGAGAGACACUGCCACUGAAAUAGCCAUCAAUGUGAAGGCACUAUAUAAUGAAACAGAAUCUUUACUAGUUGGCAGGGUUCCUUUGCAUUUGGAAUCUCCACAUGAAGAGCGGGUAUCCAAUGCCUUACAUUCUGUGGAGGUGGAAUUACAGAAAUUAACAGAGAUUCCUUGGCUUUAUUAUAUCUUACACCCAAAUGAGGAUGAGGAGCCACCUAUGGAUUGCACCAAGAGAAACAACAGAAGCACGGUAUUUCGUAUAGUGCCAAAAUUUAAAAAGGAAAAGGUUCAGAAGCAGAAGACAAGUUCACAGCCUGUUCAGAAAUGGGGCACAGAGGAAGUUGCUGCUUGGCUGGAUCUGCUCAAUUUGGGAGAGUACAAAGAAAUCUUCAUCCGUCAUGACAUCAGAGGGGCUGAACUUUUGCAUCUGGAAAGGCGAGAUCUUAAGGACCUGGGGAUACCGAAAGUGGGUCAUAUGAAGCGAAUUCUCCAGGGAAUUAAAGAGCUUGGAAGGAGUACUCCCCAGUCUGAGGUGUAAUAAUAUUGGUGCUAUUCCUUGGAAGGGAAGUAAUUGCUACUUAAUACGAAGGUCUUGGAAGCAAUUGGCUGUUCUUGUAGUUUUCUCCCUAGAUAAGUAAGCACCACUGAAGCACCUCUAUGGCUUGAUAUUUUGCUGUGGAUGAAAAUUUUGAUUUGAGAUAUUAGAAAAUAUUUUUGUGCCAAAAAAAUACGUUCCAUGAAGCCAUUUUCUUAUUGUGCAAACAGUGUGACAUAUUCAAAUAUGCUUUUAUUAGUAAAAAGGUAGGAAGAAUCUGAGACAGUGCCAUGGUCUAAAAGGUAGAAUUUCAAAAUGUUUACUUUCCUUAAACCUGGUCAGAUGGAAUGUUCUUACUGUGCAACCGCAUAACAGUAUGUGGCUAAAACUUCUUAGGUUUCAUUAUUGGAAGCAUUGGCUUCUUCCUUAAAAUCAUUGGUUAGGAGACUAAGAUGUAAAUUUAGUUAUGUUUUGAAUGUUGGAUUGGUAUCACCUCAGAUAUCUAGCACUCAGUAGUCAAAGAAUAUGGUUCAGACCCCUCAAAUACUAUGAAUGAAUGCAAAUCUUAAUGCA